AUGCCCCAAACCAGCUCGUAUCAGUAUGCCUCGCAGUCUGAAUCUUGUAACUUUAGUACAGUGCGAUUCGAACGUGCCAACACACAUAUUGCGGUUGCCGAAGAUGCUUCUGAAUUCAAUCAAUUCAUGCUUGCCAGUUCCGAAAGCAGGGGGCCGUUGAUCGAUCGAUCUAUCCCGAAUGAAAUCUACAACCCGAAGCCUCGACAAGUGAUUCUCAUGCUACGCCGGGAAAAGCUAAUGCGACCCCCUGUCGAAUUACUUCCCGCGGAGACAGUAUGCAACAUCCUCAAGCUUGCACUGGAGGACAUCAUCGAAGAUGAUAUGAUGACAACUGCUGAAGCCGAACACCGAGUUAUGGCGGGAGGCUUACCAUUUCCUCACACCAUGGCAUCAGUAUGCAGACAAUGGCGAGAUGUUGUUUCUUCUGCACCUGAGCUCUGGACUCGUAUCUUUUGCAUGAUACCCCAUGAGAGCAGGCAUCAGACAUUGAUUUCCCAGCUUCGAAAGGCGUGCGGUCAUCCAGUCCAUUUGACUAUAAUCAACAAGCAUAACCAUCUCAAACAAGACGAAGUUCCUGGGAUCCUCAAUUGCAUCGCGCUGCAUAUCGGACAACUGAAGAGUCUGCGAAUUCGUAACUUUUACAGCCUAUACAUCAAAGAAUACUGCAACGCAUUAGCAGGACAUGCGCCCCAGCUAGAGUGCUUACAAGUGACAGGCCCGAAACUCUUGGGAUGUUGGACGACCCGCAAGCGCCUACCACCGCUUUUCAAACUCGACUGCCCGACUCUCAGAAUCCUCGAUAUCGAUCAUAAAGUAGCUCACAGUCUCAAUCACCAGUGGCUCAAGAACAAUUUGACAAAUAUCGAAUCUGUGACACUAUCUUUUGGAGAUGAACUUCCGUGCUAUGGCCCUUCGUAUUUGGUAAAGGAUGUUCCUCAAGCGCUGAACGCGGUCCCAGGAAGAAUACCUUGCCUCAUCAUCGACGGCUUGCAAUUUCCGUUCCAGACCAUCUCAGGGAUCAAACACAAAGACCUCAAAAUCGGGGCAGAGAAAGUGGUUGUGCGUGAGUGCAUGAAAGUUUUGGACAUGGUCGACGAGUAUUGCAAGACGAUUGUUAUUCGUGGCUGCGAAUUCGUAGAGGACCCGCGUACAAGGAGGUUGCCUUCCUCGGAUACGUUGGAGUUUGAUGGGUGCUUCGGCGGCAGUUUGGAAGCGGCACCUUUGACCCCUUCGUGGGACGGUGAUACAGUGACCAUCACGAACAGCGACUCGCUUUGCUUGGAAGCCAUCUUCGUCCUCCUGGGUGCACCUUUUAAGGACUCUAGUUGUUCCCUGUGGCCACGCGUCACUACUCUCAAGCUCGUGGCCAAGGAUGAUUUCGCUUUGAAAUUCCCGUUCAAAAUGCUGAAAGCAAUGAUCAGCAGUCGGAGGGAGGCUGCAGGGCAGGAGAACCUGGGAAAGAGCAACGUAGAGUUGGAUGCCAUCGGAUUCAAACGCGUCCGUCCAAUUAUGGUGCUUCAUGUGCAUGGGGGACAAGGACUGUUGCACAAGGAGAGAGAGUGGUUCGAGGAACAGGUGAAAGACUUCGUUUGGGAUUGUUAG